CUGUGAUUGUGUUGACAGCCUGACAAACUGCUUUUUAGGUACGCGCUGCGCCCUUGCUGUUCUUCGUAUCUGCUGUUUCCUGCCCCCCGUGUCUGACUCCACAACUGCAGACUUUUUCCUCUCAUACCACAUCAAACAUCUCUGCAAUGGCCGAAGCCACCGCCGCCGACGGCAAGAUGAAGGAUCUUAAGAUCUCUGAGACCAAGAAGAGCAAGAAGGACGGUGCUCCCAAGGCCGCUGCCAAGAAGCCCCAGCAGCAGAAGAAGAAGAUUGAGGGCGCCGCGCUCAUUGGCAUCGAUGUCGCAAAGGAAGACGACCUCGGCGAGUGGUACCAGCAGGUAAUCACCAAGGGACAGAUGAUCUCUUACUACGAUGUUGCCGGAUGCUACAUCCUCGAGCCCGCAUCCUACGCCAUCUGGGAGUCCAUCAAGGCCUGGUUCGACAGCCAGAUCAAGACCUUGAAGGUCCGUAACGCAUACUUCCCCAUCUUCAUCAGCCAAGACAACCUUGAGAGGGAGAAGGAGCACAUUGAAGGCUUCGCCGCAGAAGUCGCCUGGGUCACAAAGGGUGGAAAGUCCGAUCUCGAGAAGCCCGUUGCCGUUCGCCCUACCUCCGAGACUGCCAUGUACCCCUACUUCGCACGCAAGAUCCAGUCGCAUCGCGAUCUUCCUUUGAAGCUGAACCAGUGGAACAAUGUUGUUCGGUGGGAGUUCAAGCACCCUAUGCCUUUCAUUCGUUCGCGUGAGUUCUUGUGGCAAGAAGGCCAUACAGCUCAUUUGACCAAGGAGGAGGCCGGAGCCGAAGUCAUGCAAAUCCUUGAAUGGUACUCUCAGGUCUACCAGGACUUGCUCGCCGUCCCUGUCGUCAAGGGCACGAAGACCGUCAACGAGAAGUUCCCCGGUGCUGACUACACAACAACCAUCGAAGGUUUCAUCCCUGCCACUGGCCGUGGUAUCCAGGCCGCCACAUCUCACUGCCUCGGACAGCAUUUCUCCAAGAUGUUCAACAUCACUGUUGAGGACCCCAACCCCAAGGAGGGAGGCAAGGCAGAGCACGUCCACGUCUGGCAAAACUCCUGGGGCCUUACUACUCGAUCCAUCGGUGUCAUGAUCCUGACCCACGGCGACAACCGUGGUAUGGUCAUUCCUCCCCGCGUUGCUGAGAUUCAGGUUGUUCUGAUUCCCGUUGGUGUCACCGCUAAGAUGUCUGCUGAAGCUAAGGAGGAGCUGUACAGUAAGGUCAAGAGCAUCCACGACAGCCUGAUCGAGGCUGGAGUCCGCGUUGAGUCCGACUACCGUGAGGGCUACUCCCCUGGCUGGAAGUUCAACGACUGGGAGCUCAAGGGUAUUCCUCUGCGUAUUGAGUUCGGUCCCAAGGACGCUGAGAAGGGCAUUGUCACAACUUCCCGCCGUGAUAUCGACAACAAGGACGAUGCACGUGGCACCAUCAACGUUGAUGACGUUGCCAAGGAGGUUCCUCAACUGCUUGAGAAGAUCCAAGCCGACAUGUUCGCGAAGGCUGACAAGGCCUACCGCGACCACCGCAUUCAGCUCACCAACUGGGACGAGUUCGUCCCCACACUUAACGGCAAGAACGUUGUUCUAGUUCCCCACUGCGAAGGUGAGAAGUGCGAAGACGAGGUCAAGGCCAAGAGCGCGAAGACAGCGCUUGGCGAUGGUGUUGCGGAAGAUAAGCAGGCCCCUGCCAUGGGCGCUAAGAGCUUGUGCAUUCCCUUCGAUCAGCCUGAGGGCAUCGAGCCCGGCAAGACCAAGUGCAUCAACCCUGACUGCACAACCCCUGCUAAGGCCUGGGUCUUGUUCGGAAGGAGUUACUAGAGAAGGUUGGAGAUUGAGUGUUUGCUGUUAGCAUUGAGCAUUUGGUGGCCAGGUGUUUGAUGUGGUGUUUGCGCGGUAUGGAGUUGAAACACCGUUGCCACGA